CCCAUCUGCAUCGGGUCGACCCAGCUCAGACACGCGACUACUAGUAUAAUUGCUGCAUAAAUGCAUAAGCUUUUAAUGUUUUUCCUCUUCCCCUCCUCUCCUCUGUUUUCAUGAAAGCAAAACAAAAGCAAUUCAUUCUGAGCUUGGGCCUCGUUUGGCACAUGCCAUAAUACUACUAUUUAAUACGAAUCCGGAGAGGUGGCAGAGGGGAGGUGAAGACGAGCUAAUAAUAAUUUAGAAUAAUUGAUAAAAGAAAGGGAUGGAACUUCUGCAGCUGUUCGUGACUGCCUCAAUUCCGGUGUUGAAAGUGCUUUUGAUAACAGCACUUGGCUCUUAUCUUGCUCUUGAUCGUGUCGAUAUUUUGGGGGAAGUUACUAGAAAGAACUUAAACACUGUUGUAUUUUAUGUGUUCAGUCCUGCUCUGGUGGGUUCCAACCUUGCGAAGACAAUUACAUAUGAAAGCAUGGUUAAAAUGUGGUUCAUGCCAGUGAAUAUCCUCAUCACGUUUAUAAUUGGUUCCGUGCUCGGAUGGAUUCUCAUCCAAUUAACAAGGCCUCCUGCCCAUCUGCGAGGCCUUGUCUUGGGUUGCUGUGCUGCAGGAAAUUUGGGUAACUUGCUCCUCAUUAUAGUCCCAGCAGUCUGUAAAGAAAAAGGGAGCCCGUUUGGAGCUCCUGAUGUCUGUCACACAUAUGCUAUGGCUUAUGCUUCGCUCUCAAUGGCGAUAGGAGCCGUUUAUUUGUGGUCCUAUGUAUAUAAUAUUGUGCGGAUAUCUUCAACAAGGGGCACCCAAGAUUCUAAUCAGUCCACGGAAAGGUCCCCUACAUCCGACCAAGUAAGUUGCACUGAGCCGCUGCUUUCUUCAAAGGAAUAUGUCAUAGUUGAGGAAAAUGGGGAUCAAUAUUCACUGCCAUACACUGCUGUGCCUGAAGAAAAACCGAAGGUGACAACUUCAGGUAAACUAAAGCAACGUAUAGUGAUGGUGUUUGAAAAGAUCAAUCUGAAAACAAUAUUUGCCCCUUCAACUAUUGGAGCGAUUGUUGGUUUUGCAAUCGGAGUCAUUCCUCAGAUUCGAAAAUUACUGAUAGGAGAUGGUGCUCCUCUACGGGUGAUUCAAGAUACUGCUUAUUUGUUGGGAGACGGAGCCAUCCCAGCUCUCACCUUGAUAAUAGGAGGAAACCUGCUUAAGGGUUUGAGAGGGUCAGGGAUUCAGAAAUCUCUUGUUGUUGGCAUCAUAGUUGUUCGUUAUGUUGCCCUGCCUCUUAUAGGCAUAUUGGUUAUUAAAGGGGCACUGAAAUUUGGGUUGGUGCACUCUGAUCCAUUAUAUCUGUUUGUUCUUCUGCUUCAGUUUUCACUCCCACCUGCGAUGAACAUAGGAACAAUGACGCAAUUAUUCGGAGCAGGAGAGAAUGAAUGUUCAGUUAUCAUGCUGUGGACUUAUGCUUUCGCGUCACUGUCACUUACAUUCUGGUCCGCCGCCUUCAUGUGGAUUGUGACGCGACUGUGAAUCAAAAUUUGACAUGAGUUCUUUCUAAUACAAGUGUAGGCAAUUUGUCAGAAGAAAUACUACUUGGCAAAACUGUAAACAAGGGCACUUUUUGGUCCUGUAAUGUGUAAUCUCAGAAUUAAAUACAAAGUUGAGGAAUCCACUCUGCCAAAUCAAUUGUAAGUUGCAGCUGCAAAUAUGCUUGACCAGAAGAAAUUGAUGUGGUACGUGUUCAGACGCGGACAGUUUGUAGCUUGUAAUGUUAUUCCUUUUAUAAAUCAUGAACGAUGAAAUUGUGGUUUAAUUUUCAAA